AUGAGAAGGGUACAUGUACCACACCAGAUUGACAGGUGUAGUUUAAAGGGGGUAGAAUGGUAAAUUCGAGAUGCUGAAGUGGAUAAGACACUGCUCUCUUCUCCGUUGCCAAACAAACACAUUCCGGCGAGACAGAGAUGACAAUUACCAUCUACACCCCUGCGCAUGUUAGCACUAGCGGCCUAAAUUCCCCUUCUCCGCUGCGACGAACCUUGUUGCCGGCGGCGAGAUGUCACAACACCCCUGCGCAUGUUAGCCCGUUAUUCUCGGAGAAAAGGCGGGAAAGCAGACGAUUGGUCACAAUAUCCCUCGGUGUCUUGCUUCAAUGGCUCGCCGCUCCUAAAGAUGCAGUUGAAGCUAGCCCUUUUGACAAGUAUGUUAAAAGGAAACAGCUUGAUCCACUGGAGGCUUAUGUACCAGCUGUGCUGCUGGCUGGGGUGCAGAUUAAGGAAUUAGAGAAAUCUUUAGAGGUUGAUGAACCUAAAUAUGGAGAUUGCCGGAAUAUAUUGCGAUCUGGUCCUGCAUCAUCUCUUCGUGUCAAUAUUCGAGCAAUAGCACAAUAUGCAGCUGAUGAUGGCAAUGGUAAAUCAGCUUUCAGUGAUGUUGAUCAGUGUCUGAGCGCGUUGGAAGGACUUGACUCAUUGCUAUUGCGUGCGUCAAGAAAGGAUCCAGGGGCCUCAAUUGGCUCGAUGAAGGCACAAAUUGUUACUGCCCUAAAUGCAUUGGACAGUCUUCUUAAAAAUGUCCCAGCUGAUGUGCUUGACAAUGGAAAGGCUGUAGCUGAUUCAUAUUUUUUCGCUCGUGAGGAAGAUGUAGCACCUGAGAAAGUACUGGACCCUGAUCUGAAGCAACUGGAAUCUAUACUGUAAAUACGAAGCCUUUUUCUUGACCAGGUCUGAUUGUUUCAUCCUUUCAAAGUUUUUGUAUUGCUCAAGAUUCAACCUAUGAGUUGAUGUACCACUUUGUUUGGAUGGUUGUUACUUAUUGUAUCAUAAUGUCUCGCAUUUUGAUGGAUACAACGUUUGGAUAGAUCGUAUUGUUCCCGUCGUUACAUAAUGUUAGACAUCAACAAUCUAUAUAUAUAAUAAAGCUAGGCAUAGACAAGCUAAUGUGGCACCUCUCUAUAGCGAAGAAACCUAUUUGUCCUUUU